ACGAAAACGAACAGAACUCUUGAUUACUCCGGUGCAGAAAGUUCAAUUGUAAAGAGCAAAUGAAUUAGUGACCAUUAGUACUGCUAUGUGUAUAUGGACAUCGUACGUUGAACAGCGGCUAAUUGUAAGUUUGAGAAUAUUUUAAAGGAUGCAGCAAUAACUGCUUGCUUAUCUGAUAUGUCGAGAGAGAACUGUUUGAAAAGAAAACAGGUUGUAUUCCGUAUGCAAUUUAUAUAGGUGAAACAUCAAUCAUUUCAUGAAGAUUCAACUGUAAUCUCAGAUUGCAGUAUAUAGAUUAACUGACUAAACACUCAAGAUGGAUCAGAUGCUCCCUAGUCCAGGCUUUAGUAUACCCAGUAUUGGAACACCUCUGCAUCAGCCAGAAGAGGAUCAACAAAUCCUUCCUAAUGCUCUGCAACAACAACAACAAUCGCAGCAGUAUCAGCUGCAACAGUUGCACUCAAUGAGCCCUAACAUGCAGAGCAGUAUGUUGAUGAUAACGCCACAGAAAACCAUGCACGCGUAUGCACCAACUCCAGCAUUUGCAACACCUCAGAGUCUCAUGCAACCGCAAACACCGCAAAACAUGAUGUCUCCAAUAGUACCACAAAAUAAUCAAAUAGCACCAGCGUCGAUAGGUCCUUCAACUCCAGGACCAAUGACACCGAUGACACCAGCUUCUGCUGAUCCAGGCAUAUUGCCACAGUUACAGAAUAUUGUGUCUACUGUCAACUUAAAUUGUAAGCUUGACCUGAAGAAAAUAGCUCUCCAUGCUAGAAACGCAGAGUAUAAUCCAAAGAGAUUUGCAGCUGUCAUUAUGCGAAUAAGAGAACCUAGAACUACUGCACUAAUAUUCAGUAGCGGAAAAAUGGUUUGUACCGGUGCGAAGAGUGAAGGAGAUUCACGUCUUGCUGCUAGAAAGUACGCAAGAAUUAUACAGAAACUAAAUUUUCCUGCGAAAUUUCUAGACUUUAAGAUCCAAAAUAUGGUUGGCAGCUGUGAUGUUAAGUUCCCUAUUAGAUUAGAAGGUUUAGUGUUAUCUCAUGGACAAUUCUCAUCGUAUGAACCAGAGUUAUUUCCUGGACUGAUAUACAGAAUGGUCAAACCACGAAUUGUAUUGCUCAUAUUUGUUUCAGGAAAAGUAGUAUUAACAGGUGCAAAAGUUCGCAAGGAAAUUUAUGAAGCUUUCGACAACAUCUAUCCAAUUCUGAAGAGCUUUAAGAAGCAGUGAUAUCAUUUAUGUAACGUUUAUAUCUAUUUCUUUAAUUUCCAUUAUUGAAAUAGACUUUACAGACUCGAUUUCUGUUUUUGUAAAUAAUAUCAUAAAGGCAAUUAAGAAUACUAGAUGCUCUUGCUGAAUUGCAUGUAAUUCUGUUAAAUAUAUUUUUAUAUACAUCCAAUAUAUAUAUAUAUAUAUAUAUAGAGGGAGAGAGAGAGAGAGAGAGAGAGAAGAGAGACACGCGCAAACGUGCAUGUUGUAUACACUGGUUACAUUGUACUAUAUUGUGCGCACUGAGUGCGCGAAUUUUUGACAGUCUGAUUGGUUAUCUCUGAACGUUUAACACUUAAACAUGAUUUCUUAUAGCACACAUACACACACACGUACAAUUAACACGUUUGAAUAUUUUUCACAAAAAUUCAGUAUUAAAGAUUUUUUUAAGUGUAAAAAAUGAUGACAUUUUUGAUUGGGAAAAAUUGUCUCUAAAUUGAUCAAGAAAACUAUGGUCAAAUACGUAUUUGACUGCUUCGGAACACCGUGUGUGUGUAUGCGCGCGCAUGUGUGUGUGUGUGUGUGUGUGUGUGUGUGUGUACAUAAGAUAACAUGCUUCAAAACAUUCUGUUAUACAGUCAUAUUGAUGCCUUCAAAGCGUUCAACCGUACAUUUAUAUAUGAAUAGUUAUGUACGAAUAGUUUCAUAAAUUAUCACAAAGUGAUAAACAUAAUUUAUAAAAUAUUUAUUCUUUAUUUUUGUUUCUUUAGAUCACGUUAAUUCUGAAUAUAUAAAGAAUUAGUGGCACAUGAAGAUGCAACUUAUGUAAUUUUAUGACUUUUAUAAAUUUACUCAUUUUUAACGAAAUCAGUGGGUUAUUUAAUUAAUGUGAUAAUGUACGAGAUAUUUUUAAAAUGUGCAAAGUGCAUUAUAUCGGAACAAAAAACGAAUUUUUCAACCGAUUAUAUCUUAAUUUUCGCGUAAAAUUUGCAAUCCUUUCCUUUUUGUCUUCUUUAAAGAUAAUUACAGCACAUGUAUUUAUAAAAAGAAACGUAUUUUUUUUUCUUCAUGUAUUUUCUUAAUAAUACAAUGAAUAUAGUGCCUCAAUUAACACUCAGGCCCAAGUGAAUUUAUUGGCAUUCCAUUUUUGUAAACUUGUCUUAAAUGUAGUAUAAAAGGAAAGACCACAAUUACUUUUCCAAUUAUUGUAUUGUAUGAGUUAAUGCGUACUUACUUCUUUAUUACUUUAUUACUGAAAAUGCAUAGAACGUUUGACAGGAAAUAUAAGAACAGAAUUUCUUUAUGAAAAAUGCAAAAGCAUCACGCUGUGUAAAUUUAAAAUGUUUACUUAGAACGUAUCGAAAAUACUGAGAAAAUUCCAAGACUGUUGUCGAAUUAUUAAGCUAUGAAAAACGUACAUAAAGAAACAUUUAAAUUUUCCACGAAUCUUUUGUUAAUAGUUCAUUACAAUUACGGACCGAUUGCAAAAAGUUUAAAACCGAAAAUAAGAAAGUUACGCGAAUAAUAACCUAUAAAGCUUUUCCUCUGAGAAAAAAAUUCUACUUUUAUUAUGAUGUAUAUAACUUUAUA